AUGCUGCUCAAGCUCCGGCAUUUUGCAAGGUGUUGCAUCGGAGGAUCGGAACGUGCACCCGCAGCACCAGUGCGGGCGGUGCCGCUGCCGGACAACGACGAUCUCCUCCGCGAGAUCCUCCUGCGCCUGCCGCCGCUGCCGUCGUCUCUCCCGCGCGCGUCCCUCGUGUGCAAACGCUGGCGACGCCUCGUCGCGGACCCUUUCUUCCUCCGCCGCUUCCGCCAGCACCACCACCGGACGCCUCCGCCCCUGCUGGGCUACUUCUUCAGCGACCCUCGCGGGCCCGUCUUCGUCCCGACGCUGGCGCCGCCUGACUGCAUCCCACCCGAGCGCUUCUCCCUGCCGCGGCAGCCUGGUGCUGCCGGCGAGCGCCUCUUCUUCCUCGGCUGCCGCCACGGCCUCGCCCUCCUCAUCAACCGGAGACGCCUCCACGCCGUCGUGUGGGAUCCCGCCACCGGCUGCCGGGCCACCGUGGCGUAUCCACCGGAGUUCACCACUGACAACGGGGCGCACUGCUGCCGUGGCACGGUGCUGAGCACCGCCGCCGCCACUGCCGAUGGUGGCGUUGGCGAUGAUGGGCACUUGAAGCCCUUCAAGGUCAUCUUGAUACGCACAGACGACGUACACGAUGGUCGCAUACGUGUGUCCAUGUGCGUGUACGAAUCCAUGACCGGAAAAUGGGGCCACACCAUCUCAACUGUAAUUAUUCCCUUGUCCGUGUCCAACCUGCCCAGUGUCUUGAUCGGGAAUGCACUCUGCGGAUUUCUCCGGUGGCCAAACGGCAUCCUUGAAUUCGAUGUGAAGAGGCACAGCCUAGGCAUAAUCAAGACGCCAAAGAGCCUCUGUCCCAUUGACAGAUCAUUCUUCCAGGUCGUGAGGACACAGGAUGGAGAGGUAGGCCUUGCAAUCUUGUACAAACUCACCAUUGAGUUGUGGAAGAGGAAGGCCAGCUCACCAGAUGGUGCCGUCGGAUGGGUGCUACGGAAAACAAUUCAGCUGGACAACCUCCUUCCGGUACCACGUAUGAAUAUGAUGGACAGUAAUUUGUCAGCAGCAAGGAUACUGGGGUUUGAUGAGGAUAACAAUGCCAUUCAUGUAUCCACAUUUACCAGCGCCUUCGCGCUCCGGCUUGAGUCCAUGCAGUUCACGGAGCUUUUCAACGUCAAUCGGAUUGGUUCCUAUCAAUCCUGUUAUCCCUACACAGGUUUCUACACUGCAGGUGUACCUCGUCUUUCAACUGCAUAG